UCUUCUUCCUUCAACCUGAAGAAUCAUUCUCCCUUCUUCUUCUUCCUCCUCCUCCUCCUCCUCCUUGUUCUUCUAGUAUCGUAGUUCAUACUCCGGAGUUUAGAGGAGUUGAAAGCGUAGGAGCAGAAUCGACAGGGAGAAAGGAGGAGGAGGAGGAGGAGAAGUCCGCCGAUGGCGACCACGACCAUGGAGGGUCUGAUCGGCCUCAUGAACCGCAUCCAGCGAGCCUGCACCGCCCUCGGAGACCACGGUGGAGGAUCCGACCUCCCUACCCUCUGGGAGUCCCUCCCCACCAUCGCCGUCGUCGGAGGCCAGAGUUCGGGCAAGUCCUCGGUGCUCGAGAGUAUUGUUGGCAGAGACUUCCUUCCCCGUGGUUCUGGAAUCGUGACACGUAGGCCGUUGGUUCUGCAGCUGCAUCAGAUCGACAAAGGAGCCCAUGAAUACGCUGAGUUCUUGCACUUGCCGAAAACAAAGUUUUCAGAUUUUGCUCUUGUUCGUCAAGAAAUUGCAGACGAGACAGAUAGGGUGACUGGGAAAACUAAACAAAUAUCCCCUGUGCCAAUCCAUCUCAGCAUCUACUCACCCAACGUUGUGAACUUAACAUUGAUUGAUCUUCCCGGAUUGACAAAGGUUGCUGUAGAGGGACAACCUGAAAGUGUUGUUCAUGAUAUAGAGAAUAUGGUUCGGUCAUAUGUUGAGAAGCCCAAUUGUAUCAUUUUAGCUAUAUCUCCAGCAAACCAGGACAUUGCCACUUCUGAUGCAAUUAAGCUUUCAAAGGAGGUUGAUCCAUCAGGUGAAAGGACAUUUGGUGUGUUGACAAAGUUGGACUUGAUGGACAAGGGAACAAAUGCUCUUGAUGUUCUUGAGGGAAGAGCCUAUCGUCUUCAGUAUCCCUGGGUUGGAAUUGUCAACCGCUCACAAGCAGAUAUUAACAGGAAAGUUGACAUGAUUGCUGCAAGAGAAAAGGAAACAGAGUAUUUUGAAAAUAGUCCUGAUUAUGCACACCUAGCCAGUAGGAUGGGUUCUGUGUAUCUAGCUAAGCUUCUUUCUCAGCAUCUUGAAGCUGUUAUCAAAGCACGCAUUCCUAGCAUCACAUCAUUAGUCAACAAAACUAUAGAUGAACUUGAAUCAGAACUGGAUACCAUUGGGAAAGCAGUGGCUGCUGAUCCAGGGGCCCAACUGUACACUAUACUGGAGCUCUGCCGUGCUUUUGACCGUGUUUUCAAGGAACAUCUGGAUGGAGGGAGAUCAGGCGGUGAUAAAAUCUAUGGUGUGUUUGAUCAUAAGCUCCCUGCUGCUUUUAGAAAGCUACCUUUUGAUCGUUAUCUGUCCGUGCAAAAUGUUAAGAAGGUGGUGUCAGAAGCAGAUGGCUAUCAGCCUCAUCUUAUUGCACCUGAACAAGGUUACCGUCGUCUUAUUGAGGCCGGCCUUGCUUAUUUCAAGGGCCCAGCUGAAGCUACAGUCGAUGCGGUCCACGUUGUUUUAAGGGAAUUAGUGAGGAGAUCCAUAGGAGAGACAGAGCCACUGAGAAGAUUCCCUACCCUGCAAGCUGAGAUUGCAACAGCUGCAAAUGAAGCCCUGGAAAGAUUUCGGGAGGAUGGGCGCAGCACUACACUUCGGCUUGUUGACAUGGAGGCAUACUUGACUGUGGAUUUCUUCCGGAAGCUCCCGCAAGAUCCAGAUAUUAUUAGCAAGGUUGGGAAUCCAUCGGCGGCAGAAGCAACCCCGGGCAAAGGUUCAGGGACAGUGGACCGCUACGGUGACGGGCACUACAGGAAUAUCGCCGCCAAUGUGUCCCAGUACAUAAGGAUGGUGGGAGACGAACUGUUACACAAGAUCCCGAAGGCGGUGGUGCACUGUCAGGUCCGAGAAGCCAACAGGUCUCUGCUUAACCAUUUCUACGUGCAGAUAGGGAAGAAAGAGGCAAGCCAGUUUGGACAUUUACUGGAUGAGGACCCGGCGAUGCUGGAGCGAAGGAAGCAAUGCUGGCAGAGGCUGGAGCUGUACAAAUCGGCGAGGAAUGAAAUCGACUCUGUCGCACGGAGCAAAUAGACAGAAACACAUAUUAGGGGCACGGAUACGGAUACGUCGCGAGCAGUUGUUGUUAGUUAGGCACUGCUUUGUGUUUCCUUGCUAUAGUAUCUUACGAAGAAUUAAUGGACAUUAUGUAUAUAUUUUUGUCAGUUCGUACAUGUACAUCAUUUUAUUAUAUAUCCUUCUCUCUCU